AACCCUAAGAAACUUCCAAGGUAAUACAGAGAGAAGAAGAGAGUUCCGUAUUCAUUUUCUCUUGGUUGUUCCUGAUCCCGUUGUUGGUCAAGCGGAAAAAAUGGCGUCGUUUGAUGAAGCACCACCAGGAAACGGCAAGGCCGGUGAGAAGAUCUUCAGGACCAAGUGUGCUCAGUGUCACACCGUCGAGAAAGGCGCCGGUCACAAACAAGGACCCAAUCUAAACGGUCUCUUUGGAAGACAAUCUGGUACAACUGCUGGUUACUCUUACUCUGCUGCUAACAAGAACAAAGCUGUUGAAUGGGAAGAGAAGACUUUAUACGAUUACUUGCUCAACCCCAAGAAGUACAUUCCGGGUACCAAGAUGGUGUUCCCUGGGCUUAAGAAGCCUCAAGAGCGUGCUGAUCUCAUCGCCUACCUCAAGGAAUCUACUGCUUAAGUGCAUCGAUGGUGGUGGGACAUGACGAAUCAGAGUUGAAUCUCAGAUUGGAAUUUUACUUUGCUAUAUUCUUUUGACAAAUAAAAUCUCUAGAAAACAUAUUUUUUUUUGUUUCAUCAGUUACGUUCUUGGUGGGGAUUAUUUGGCUGUCUAGUUCAAAACGCACUCGAGUACUUUUGAUUUGCGGAGGCUCACUUUCAUUUUUUAAGUCUAGAAGCGUAUUCUCACA